GGCGAGUUCAGCGUACGCGGCGGCGGCUCGGCGUCUUUGCAGCCGACUCUUGAGCUGAGGGAGAGGCGUGUUGUAGGACGGGAUGUUACAGGCUUUAGGAGCUGUGGAUGAGGAAGAGGAGCAUGCGGAGGAGGACUGUCCUGAAUUGGUUCCCAUUGAGACGAUGCAAGGAGAGGAGGAGGAAAAGUCUGACCCCGGCUCCAAGAUCCCAGUCACAAUUAUCACCGGGUAUUUAGGUGCUGGGAAGACAACACUUCUGAACUAUAUUUUGACAGAGCAACAUAGUAAAAGAGUAGCAGUUAUUUUAAAUGAAUUUGGGGAAGGAAGUGCAGUGGAGAAAUCCUUAGCUGUCAGCCAUGGUGGAGAGCUCUAUGAAGAGUGGCUGGAACUUAGAAACGGUUGUCUCUGCUGUUCAGUGAAGGACAAUGGCCUCCGAGCUAUUGAGAAUUUGAUGCAGAAGAAGGGGAAAUUUGAUUACAUACUGUUAGAGACCACUGGGUUAGCAGAUCCUGGUGCUGUGGCUUCUAUGUUUUGGGUUGAUGCUGAAUUAGGGAGUGAUAUUUAUCUUGAUGGUAUUAUAACUGUUGUGGAUUCAAAAUAUGGAUUAAAACACUUAACAGAAGAAAAACCUGAUGGCCUUAUCAAUGAAGCUACUAGGCAAGUUGCUUUGGCAGAUAUCAUUCUUAUCAAUAAAACAGACUUGGUUCCAGAAGAGGAUUUAAACAAAUUAAGAACAACCAUUAGAUCAAUAAAUGGACUAGGAAAAAUUUUAGAAACACAGAGAUCAAGAGUUGAUCUCUCUAAUGUAUUAGAUCUUCAUGCCUUUGACAAUCUCUCUGGAAUAAGUUUGCAGAAAAAACUUCAAAAUGUGCCAGCAACACAGCCUCACCUUGAUCAGAGUAUUGUUACAAUCACAUUUGAAGUACCAGGAAAUGCAAAGGAAGAAAAUCUGAAUGUAUUUAUUCAGAAUCUCCUGUGGGAAAAGAAUGUGAGAAACAAGGACAAUCACUGCAUGGAGGUCAUCCGGCUAAAGGGGCUAGUGUCAGUUAAAGACAAACCACACCAAGUGAUUGUCCAAGGUGUCCACGAGCUCUAUGAUCUGGAAGAGACACCGGUGAGCUGGAAAGAUGACACUGAGAGAACAAAUCGAUUGGUCCUUAUUGGCAGGAAUUUAGAUAAAGAUAUCCUUAAACAACUAUUUAUAGCUACUGUGAAAGAAACAGAAAAGCAGUGAACAACACAUUUCAAAGAAGACUGAAUUUGUCUAUAAUUCCUGAAGCAUUUCUUAUCAAAAGGAUCGGGUGAUAAAAAUGAGAAUAAGUUUCUUUCUGGAUAUAUUUCAAUCAUCUAUUUUCUGUUAUGAAU